AUGAGAAAGCAAUUGGCGAAGGCCAAGAAGCGUAAGGAGGAGCUAGCUAGAUUGGCUGUGGAGGCACAGGCGGCUCAACCCCAACCUCCGCCUGAGAUCCAGGCCCCACCUCCGCGGGAUGUUCAUGUUCCUCCUCACAGGCCUCGUGGGCGACCUCGCAAAAAUGCUAAAAGAAGAACAGAGCAACCUCUGCCACCGGCAGAACAGCCUGCUCCCACAGGGACCUGCAGGAACACCCGGGCUAGAGCUCCUGUUAACUCGACUGUUGAGUUACCAGUUGAAACUGGGAAUAACCGAGCCCCUACAGCGGCUCAAACUCAGAAUCCUGGUAACGCACAGAACGUUCCUGAGCCAGCACAGGAGAACUCGGGACCUUCUAGACCCCGAAAUGGGUGGCAGCCACUAUCACCCAUACGACACCCUCCAUCGCCGAUAAGGUUGAGUUCAACGAAACAACUUGGUGGGGAGAAGGAUGACUGUAAUGACAAGCUCAAAGUCUUGUUCGUCCUCGAAUGCGCGUCCACCUUGCAUUAA